AUGGAUUUAAAAGACCAUAGCCAGCGGGCAGCGGCGGGCGGAACGACCGAGGGGCGACGCGGGAUGGGCGGCGGGUGCGGGGGUCCGUGCUUCCGCGUGGUGGAGGGCUGGGCCGUGGUGCGGGCUGCGUGGGGCGUCGGUUCCGCGGAAGCCUGGGUAGGGCGCUGCGUGCGGGACUCUCGUCGCUCGUGGACGGGGCGCGAGCGCGCGGGGGACGUAGGGCGCCGACCUGGGGCUCCCCGGCGCUCCGGCUCCGCUCAGGGCGCCCGCUCAGGGGCCUCCGGCGCGAGGCCCCCUUUCUGGUCAAGAUGGCGGCGUCCAGGCGGGCGGCGCCGAGGUGAGCUGGAGCUGGGCCCGGAGAGGGACGAGUCUGCCAAGCCCAGGACUUGGACCCCGGGCUGGUCUCCAGUCUCCCGGGGAGCGGCAGGGGUGUCCAGAGAAGGUAACUACUUUGCCCACGUCCUAAACUGCUCCGAGGGCGUCGUCAGCCCUGCUCCCGGGGCUCACAGUUUCUCCGGUAGUCGGCUUCAGCAGUGCGUAGAGAGAGCAGUGGACGACAGCUUCCGUCAGCAUCUUCUAUCAAGCAGUUUUGGAGUAGCACCUCAGAUGAAGACACUGAGGAAGAGAAAAGUUAAGAAUUUGCCUAUGAUCAGUUAUCCAUCUGUUCAGCCAGUGCACAAAUUACACUGCCCAACUCCAAGAUCAGGUCUUAUUCUUGAAGUUGUGACUGUAAUUCUAAUCAAUGUUUUAAUAACAUCUAUUUUUGAUCGUCACAUUAGACAAGAAAAUUUUAAUCAUUUUUACGAUCAAAAAUUUUCAAGCCAGUGUUUUUCAAAGAAUCUAGUUUCUUCUUUCUUUGGCACACAAAAACUCAUUGCAGUAUCAUCUGAUGAUGUGUAUGAGACUGAUUUCGUUCCAAGUUGGUGGUUGCUUUUGUAAGGUAUGUCCCAAUAAUGAUGGUAGAAGGCACAGACUGUGGUAGAGCCUUCACAUCCACUAGGCGGUCAUAUCAUCUUUACAUGAAGACAGAGAUGGGCAGGUAACCACCUAAACCCACGCUGACAAGGUCUCCUGGGACUCCCGCCCCUGACCUGCUGUAUCUUUGCUCUGGAUCAUUAGUUCUUGUAGCAGUCCUAGCAAUCUCUUGUUCACCAUGAGCAUUGGCAUACUCGCCGCUGGCUGUUGCACAAGUUGAUGCCCGCUGGCUGAAUGGCGAGAGAACUUUGAUGGACCCAUGGGUGUGGCGUUUCUCACUGUGUCUGCCAUCCGAGACCACUUUUGACCUUUUGUCUGACUCUCUCUCUCUCGGGUAACCUUCCUGGGAGACCCUAGAGAGGCUUUGUGGCUGAAUGUGAAUAGUUGCAGGGUUCUGGGUAACCCAGGCUGUACCAGGCAGCCCCAAGGGUUGAGGGGAUCAUUAUCUCAUGUCCCACUUACAAACAUUAGAUUCAGAACUGUAUACCUAAGCAGACUGCUUGGUACCCUCUGAUUCAGGUAUGUGACUUAAAACAGCCUUGAAGAACUUUGAAAGUCAUAUAAAAAAUGGCAAACUUCUCUAUUUUACCCUUUCUUUACCUAGACUAAACCUGCAGCCUCACAGGAGCUGAGAACAUAUUUAUUCUUUAUCUUUUACUUAAGACACUCAGCAGGAAGGUAACACACUUUGAAUGAAAAAGGACAAUUCAAGUUAGGUUGGUGCUUUGCCUAAGCCAGAAAGGUUUAGGGAGAGAAAUUGAGGAUGAAGAACAAAAGAGACGAGCUUUUUUCUUUUCUUUUUUUUUAACCUCUCAUGGUUUGACUUAAUUCUAUUAUUUGAAUGAUUUUGAAUUGAUUUGGACACACCCACAUUUAAAUAUAAGUUCCAAAAUGCAUUCUAAAGUCAAAUGGAAAGUAAUUUGUGUGGUCUUGUUAUGAAAAUAAUUGUUUUAUUCUCUGUAUACUCCAGUCUCUUCACUCAUUUAUUCAUACUUGUAUUCAUCUAUUUACACAUCAUUCAUAUAUUCACAAAAUAUUUGUUACUGUGGAUACUAUCCCUGGUAUUGAUCUAGGUGCUGAGCUGGAAAGGUGAAAAAGUCAUUAUCAUUACCUUGGAGGGUCUCCCAGUCUUGAGGGGAGUCAUAGAGGUUAACACAUAAUUAUUGUACAGUUGGACAAGUAUCAUUAUAGUCUUAUGAACAGAAUAUCAGGAGAAAAAUAUUUUAUUUAGUCUUAUUAUGUAUUUGAGUAUUCACCUGCCCAAGAUGGAAAUCUAUCUAAUAGAGUUUGUGCUUUUAAGGACAUAAUUCAACAUGAUAUUUUUUAUUUGCUGAGAUCUUUUCUCCAUGAAGUGAAUUAGGAGCCCAGGCUUCUUCUGUGUCCUGACUCUAUUUCCUAGGGCCUCAAAGCCUUUGGAAUGUAGUUGGAAGACAGAGGAGAAAAGGGUGUAGAGGCUCUGCUCUUACUCACUCCAUCCCAGAAGUGGCAUUCAUUACCUUUGCUCACAUUCCAUUGACAGGGUAUACAUGCAGGAGGUGCUGGGUCCUGCAGCCCUGGCAAGUUAACGUCUAGCAAUAGUUUUACACAGACGAAGGCUAGGAGCUCUUUGCUGAAUUGCUCACAUUCUCUGGACAAAAGUAAGGAAGUCUGUGGCUGUUUAUCCCCUUCUCAAAUAUAUGCUUCAUUUUUUUCCAUCCCUCUAACUCUAAUCAUGGGCAGCAAUAUUUCUUCAAUAUUUUAUCCACUCACACUGUCCAGGGAGGUUUCUUUGGCACAACAAGCAAGGCACACUGGGUUUAUUUUUAUAGCACAUUUCCCACAGUCAUAUCAGAUAAAAUGCAUUACAUCUCACCAGGUGACUGCUGAGUAAUCUCACAACUGUGGCUUCCAUGUGAAAGGCAGAGAUGAUUAGCUUCCAAGGUGUUUGUGGGCCAGAAUUGCUCUGCUUCCCUUAACUAGGUAGGUUAGUCCCUGUUCGAGUUCUUUGAGCUUUGUAUACUGUUCCCUUGAUUCACAGGAAGAAAUCAUAGACUUAAUAGUCUGGUUGUGAGGAUUAAAUGAGAUAUUUUAUAUAAAUUGCUAAGCAUGGCUUUAGGCACAUAUAGAAAGCAAUCCAUAAUUGAGGCUCUUGUCAUUGCUAAUUAAGGAUAGGAUAUUAAGCGAAAAUGGAAGUGUCCUUUUUGUGGAGGAGGAUGAUAUACUGAAACAUUUAAACGUAUUAUUUCCUGUAACUAAUUUCUAAUGAGAUUUCAAUGUGUGCUUGCUGUCUGAUUCCCCAAGAGAAUGGAUUUUCUCCCUCACUUUAUCACAUAGAUAUUGCCUGAAUAAGGUCCUAAUACCUGUAACUGAAUUCACUUUUAGGAUUGCACUAUCCUUUAAGAGGCAGCAAAAUAUAUUAAUAAAGAGUGUUAGUUCUAAACUCAGAUUUCAAGUUCUAGCUGGGUUACUUAUCAGCUGUGUGACCUUGAUCAACCUGUUUCUGAAUCUGUGAAUGUUAGCCAGUGAUAUUCCUUUCUAGGGACAUUAUGCUGGGAAUGAGAUGAUUUAUAUAAAACACUUAGCAGAGAAGAUGGCAUAGAGCAAGUACCUAAUACAUGUUACUUUAAUCAUGAUGAUUACACAGAAUAUUGGGAUUGGGGUCAGAUGACCUGAGUUUAUAUCUGUGUUCUGUUGCUUUUAAUCUUACUGAGCCUCGGUCUCCUCAUCCAUAAAAUUGGGCUAAUAAUAUUCUCUUCACACAGUCGUUAUGGUGAUUUUAACGUAUGUGAAAGUUCAUAGAAUAUUGCCUAGAACCUGUAAAAUAUUAAAUACGUGUUAAAAUUAUUUUCUUUUAUUUGCAGUAUCUGUGGCCCUAGGCAAGUUGAUCUGCCUCUCAUAUUGGUUAUGCCUCCUACUUGGCCUGUUAUAGUUAACAUCAAAAAAAAAAAAAACCAGGGUUUCCCUGGUGGCGCAGUGGUUGAGAGUCUGCCUGCCGAUGCAGGGGACACGGGUUCGUGCCCCGGUCCGGGAAGAUCCCACAUGCCGUGGAGCGGCUGGGCCCGUGAGCCAUGGCCGCUGAGCCUGUGCGUCCGGAGCCUGUGCUCCGCAAUGGGAGAGGCCACGACAGUGAGAGGCCCGCGUACCGCAAAAAAAAAAAAAAACAAGAAAACAAACCCUCAAGCAACUCUAAAAAUAGUACUAUAUCUAACAUUAUUAUUUAAGAAGAGGAUGGCAUUCUGUUCCUGAAGGAUUUGGCCAUUGGAAUUGUGGAGGAAGACCAUCUUGGGAUUUGUGUGGUGACAUUUCUUAAAUGCAUGGUAUAGCAUGGGUUGCUUUCAUCACACAGUAGGGAAAUACUAAUAUCUAUAAUUUUAUAAUCCCUAACCCACAUUAACUUUAAAGCCAUUAGUAAAGACGAAUUCUAUUUUGAUAUUUAGUACCCUGCUAGAGUAUCUCUCACUACAGAAGUUUAAAAUAAGCAUUAAAAUAAAUCCAGAAACAGAUAAAACUAGCCUGUGCUGUGGAACACCAUAUUCCCAGGCAGUCCAAUCUGAGGUCCACAGUCAAAAAAGAUUUUAAUCUAUGAACUAUGUGUAGUACAGUGGGUGUUGAUGGGAGACAAUGAGAAAUUGACUCCUUUUUACCCUCCCUCUGUCCUGAGGUGGUUUCUAUUUCAGGUUCGAUCAUUACACCAUUAUAGAGAAGCCCUGCCUAUGCUAGUAUUUUUCUUAGACUUUGAACAAACUCAGACACCAUAAGAUUUUUUUUUCUUUAACAAGGAGGGAAACCUGAGAGCUUUCUGUGGUAUCUCUCUUGUACUCCUCCUGUUCUCCUAUGUGGAUGCCCUUCUCUAUCUUAUAUCACUUCCCCAGUUCAAGAAUCCUUCAAGAGUAGCCUCAAAGCCCAUCUCUUCUUUGCAAAGUUACUUGUUCCAUAUUGCUUACAUAGAUCUCUCUUCUUCCAACCCCCUUGAAACACUGUUCUUAUCUUUCAGUUGAGUGUUGAAUCACAGAAUUUCUAUCAUAUUAUUUAAGUAUUAUUUACGUAGCGCAGGGAGAGGCUAAUCCUUGAAAUCAGGAAAUAAUUAUAUCUUAAAUUAUAAUUUACAGCUCCGUGGCAGUGAACACAGUGGCUAAAUAAAUAAAAAUUUAAUUAAAAUGGUAUGCAAUGAGGGCCUUACAAAAAUGCCGUUAAGAAUAACAUCGUUUGCAUAAA